AUGGGCUGGCUAAAGGUGGCCGAGACUCUGAUUAAUCCCUUUGGAGAGGACGAUGAUGACUUUGAGGUCAACUGGAUGAUUGAUAGGAAUUUGCAAGUUUCCUAUCUCAUUGUCGACGAAAUGCAUCAUGAGCAUCCCGAGUUGGUGAAGGACCAAUACUGGGAUGAAAUUUUUCCCAACGAACUGCCUUAUCAAGGGGAUAGCAAGCGUGAAGAGCCACCUGAACAGUCUACUGCAAGACUGGAUUUCAGCGCCAACCAGACGACUGCACUCUCACGAGCUGAGUCAAAAUAUGAUGGAGUGACUACCAGUACCCGAAUUGCUGACCACGCAACUGCAUCAUCGUCAAUUAGCCGAAUAACCGAUACCAGUACACGAUUUCGUGCUGCCUUGCAAAGGUUUCUUGCGCGUGAACCUAAUGAAAAAGACAGCACGCCAUCACAACCAGAUGCUGAGAAGCAAGCAUCAACACAGACUAACGGUUCAGUACAUUCUCUAGCCAAAUCGCCGACUAUAAUACGCACUGCUGAGGCAUUGCAUAUUAUUGAUGAAAAAUUAGAUGAUUUGGAUGCAGACAAAACCUUAACCGAUCAACCAGACAUAUCAACAACAAAAGAUGUGCGUCAGUUAUUUCAUGGCGAUCAUGAAGAUACCGUGCUACCUAGUAGUGUGGAAAGCAUGCAACAUGAGAGUGGUUCGUCCGCGCAAGUGACGUUUGAAGAAAUUGACGAGGAAGUUGAGGAGGAACAAGAACCGGAGGACGAGUUCCAGCGUUUGCGAGAAGAACGUGAACGUGAACGCUUCGAGAGGCAAAAAAUGAAAUAUGCUCGCGGCAUAUCGGCAGCUACCAACUUGAACUUAGAUGGCGACAUGGCAGGCGUUUCGGCUGUACAAUCACCCAUGGCGCGUGGA